AUGUGUGGAACAAAUGUGGACCUGUCAAACGAAGGGAGCGGGUGUGUCAAUCAGCUUGGUGGGGUGUUUCUGAACGGGAGGCCGCUUCCAGCAUAUAAAAGGAGGAAGAUGAUCGAACUGGCAUCGGAAGGUGUGCGCCCAUGCGAGAUCUCCAGAAUUCUGCAGGUGUCAAAUGGCUGCGUCAGCAAGAUUUUGAGCAGGUACCACAAAACCGGCCUCCUGGACCCGAAGGCGACCGGAGGUAGUAGACCUCGACUCCUCACCCCCGAAGUCAUCUCGAAAAUAAUCGAAUGCAAGACGAAAAACCCAACAAUAUUCGCCUGGGAAAUCAGAAAAAAGCUCGCGGCCGAAAGAAUCUGUAAAUCGGCCAAAGUUCCCAGUGUGUCCUCUGUAAACCGAAUUCUCAGGAAGAUUCAACUCGACUCUGCGAUGUUGAGUGUGGAGAUUUCUGGGCACCGCCCCAGAUACCCAGGUCUUCUAGUGGAGACCCCAACGCAGUCAGUAGUGAAGGAGAGGGAGGAGAUGGAGACAGUUGAGGUGAAUGAGCUCCAGCCUCCUGGGCCCCAGCAUCGCAACCGCACCACCUUCACCUUGGAACAGAGCAGAGUGUUAGAGCAAGAAUUCACACGGAGCCACUACGCAGACAUGUUCACCAGGGAAAAACUGGCAUCUGAGAUCCAACUUCCAGAGGACACCAUCAAGGUGUGGUUCUCAAACAGAAGAGCAAAAUGGAGGAGGGAAGCCAAGUAUAAGAGCAGUGUCCACGGAGCACAUAACUACGGUAUCCCUGGGGGCCCAGACUACGGUAUCCCUGGGGGCCCAGACUACGGUAUCCCUGGGGGCCAAGACUAA